AAGGGAAGGCCCAGUAAGCAGAAAGCCCACUAGAAAAGCCCAAAUCUGUUUCGCAAGGCGAGGGGGCAGAAGCCGAGCAGUGAAUGUGAUAUUUUGACAGGAAAACUCUGUGCAAGAAAAGUAAAAAUGAGAGUGGUGGCGUCAAUGUCGGCGGCCAAGCUCUUCUCCGUUGCUACCUUUGCCGCAACCUCUCGUCUUGGGGCGAUCACCCCACAAAAAAUCCCCUUUUCGGGCAUUAGUACCUCCGUCAAGAGUAAGAAGAAAAAACUCGAAGAUUUGAAAGCUAUGGCCAAGUCUAAAGAAGCACUUGUCAAGGAGAAGAGGAGGACGCGUUCCGACCGAGAGUUUGAAUUGGAUGCGGUUCAGCGCUUUGGAGACACAGCCAACCAUAUCCCAGUUAUGCUCGGAGAAGUGGUUGACGUUUUCUCUGCUUCCAAAACGAUGUCGCUUCGCUCCUUUGUGGAUUGCACUGUUGGAGCUGCUGGUCACUCCUCUGCUGUCUAUAAUUCAAGCCCAUCCUGAAAUGAGAUAUUAUGUUGGAAUGGAUAUUGAUCCCCUGGCACGCGAGAAGGCUGUAGCUCGAAUCAAUGCCCUCUUGCAAAGUGAUUCUAGCAUCCCAGCUGAGCUGAAAACAUAUACAUUUUUGAAGAAUUUUAGAUACAUCAAAUCCGUGCUUAGUGAGGUUGAUGAUGAGAAUCUCUUGGACUCUGGUGUUGAUGGCAUAUUAAUGGAUUUGGGAAUGUCAUCUAUGCAGGUUAACAAUCCUGAAAGAGGGUUCAGCGUUCUUGGUGAUGGACCUCUUGACAUGCGGAUGGAUCCUCAGGCAAGUCUGAAAGCAGAAGAUAUUUUAAAUUCCUGGCCAGAUGCUGAAGUGGGGAGAAUCUUGCGGGAUUAUGGGGAAGAAAGUAAUUGGUACUCUCUUCAGAAUAAAAUUGUGAAAGCUCGAUCACGUGGUGGAUUGCAUUCUACUAGUGAACUCGUAGGUCUUAUUCGAAAUUCAACUUCUGGGAGUAGAGGAGGCAGGCAAGGUUGGAUUAAGACAGCAACGAGGGUGUUCCAAGCUUUAAGGAUAGCUGUAAACGACGAACUGAAAACACUAGAAGAUUCACUCUAUGCUUGUUUUGAUUGCCUUGCGCCCGGGGGGAGAAUAGCUGUAAUAUCUUUCCACAGUUUGGAGGACAGAAUAGUGAAACAGACAUUUCUUGACAUCAUUGGCAUUGAUAACGUAUAUGGAGAGAUGGAAAAGGAUGGUGGAAACACCAGAAUUGAGAUUGAUGAGAAAGAAGCAUGGAUCAAACAAAUGAUACACGGGUCUAAAGGAACAAUUCUAACAAAGAGACCAAUAACACCUUCUGAAGAGGAGGAAAAACUAAAUCGCCGGAGUAGGAGUGCGAAGCUUAGAGUUAUUCAAAAACAUUGAUCAUAGAUGGUUCAGCCUCUCAACAAUGAUCUUCUAGAUAUAAUUGCAGUUGGGUCCUUUCUUUUUUUUAGAUUUUUUUUCCGGGUAUUUGGGGACUUGCUAGUUACUACUCAAUUCAGCUGAAUAUAUGGCAUAUUCAGGCGCUCAUACAAGCUUUCUAAAAGGAAAAAUGGAAACAAGAACAUGCCUCUGUGGUCUUUACAGUUUUUAUCUUAUUGUAUACCCAAUUUAUUUUACCUAUUUUAAUUUUUACUUUGGAAAGUGAAUAUAUAUUGGGCAAUUCACUUAUAAAA